AUGGAUCAGUACAACCAAUGGGGCGCCAAUCCAGGCGCCAUCAUGGCCAACUACAUGAAUGGCCAGCAGGCCCAGACCUUUAACCUCCAGUCCACCGUCCCGCAGAAACGACAACACGAUGGCUCCGGAAUGUCUGGAUCACCGCCGCCGCACUCGAGAUCGCAGACACCCGGCUACGGCGACAACAGCAAUAACAACAACACCACCACCACCACCUUCGCCGCCCCGACGCCCUAUCAACAUCUCCAGCAGCAGCCCGGCUCGAACAAUGCCACCCCAUCGCCGACCAUGCAGAACCAGCAGUUCCGCCCCCCGAGCCAGCAACCGCGCAUGGCAGCAUCGCCGAGUCCGUUUCCGGGCCAAAAUUUCGGCAACAGCAUGCCUGGAACGCCCAAUGCCAUGCAACAAGGCCAGAUGGGCCAGAUGGCUCAGUAUGGCCAGCAGUACGCCAUGAAUCCGUCAAUGUCCAUGGCUGGCAUGCCCUCGAUGCAGGCCAUGAACGGUAUGGGCAAUAUGCAGGCCAACAAUGCGAACAGUGCACAGCGCGCCUACCAGGCCAAACUGCUUGCGCAUCAGGCCCAGCUGAGGCAACAAGGCGUAGUGCCUCCGCGCACCAUGGGAGGACAGCCUGGCCAGAUGAUGCCAGGCGGUCAGCAGCAAAAUGCCCAAAUGCAACAAGCACAAGCGAAAAGGGCGCAAUUUAUGAAGACACUUCAAGGCCAUGCGGCGCAAAGCGGGAGACCUUUCAACCCUACGCCCAUGGUUGGAAGCAAGCCCGUGGACUUGUACAUGCUCUGGACCAUCGUUACUACCGCUGGAGGAGCGGCGCAAGUCGACCGUAAUGGCCAAUGGCCCAGUGUGGCUCUUAAGAUGGGCUUUCCGCAACAGCAGUUUCCCUCAGCCGCCGAGGAGCUGAAAAACAUUCAUCAGAGCGCGAUUGCGCAGUAUGAGCGAAUGUGGUUCCAGAUGAAAAUGCAGCAGAAACAAGAAGCAGCGAGAAUGCACGCGCAGCAAAUGGCCGGCUUUUCGAAUCCUCAGCAGCAACAGCAACCAUCGCCCCCGAAGAUGAUGCCCGGGCAAGGUCAAGCAAAUCAAUACCAGCAACAACUCCAGCAGAUGCAACAGACUCACCAGCAAACACAAGGCACACCAGUGCAAGCGAAUGCCUCUCUGCCGCAGAAUGGCAUGUCAACUCCCCAGCAGAUGAUGAAUUCAGCAGCGGCAAUGCAUCACCGGAGGAAUAGUAGCGUGCGAAAACCAGAGCAAAUAACGCCGCAGCCCGGCGCAGUGCAACCAUCAUCUGCCUCGCCUCUCGCCACGAAGCAGCAAAGAACGCCAUCUGUCACGCAGGAAACAGGUGCUGUAAUGAAGAGCGAAGAACCCCAGAGCACAAAUUACGUGCCGCAGGUACGAUCAAUUGAGCAAGAUGGUGGACAUGAUAUACAAGCACUGUUCGAUCUGGGAUCGACAAUAUCCAGAGCAAUGCCAAACAUGCCUACUGUGGACGAGAUGGGAGUGAUAGACACGAAAGCCAUCACUUUGAGUCUGGCAUCCGGAAUCCAUGGUGAAGUGCGGUAUGCUCUGGAUACCCUCGUAAUCAUCUCGCAUGAUCAACGAGUUGCGCUGAAUCUCGAACAAUGCGAAGAUCUUAUAGAUGUGCUGGUGGAUUGUGGCGAGGAUCAGGCCGAACUCCUGUCGGAAGAUGCCGUCGAAGUUAGCGAUGCGCUGGAUCUGCCUCCCUACGAAGACGUGAUGCGUGGCGCGAAGGCGGAAGCCGAAACACUUCAAGAAGUGCCCGAAUUUGGCUCCCGCGAAUACGAUCUCGAUCGAGCUGCCGACAAGCUGAUAGCGAUAACCACUGUGUUACGGAACUUCUCCUUCUACGAGUUCAACCACCGGCUCUUGACCUCGCCGCCGCUCAUCAAGUGGUUGAGUAAUACGAUACGACUACUUGGAACCCGAAACAUGUUUUUACGAACGUACUACAACACACAGGACUUCUUCAAGGACGUCAUCAUCUUCCUCUCGAACGUAACGCAGAGCUUGGAGCUUCCCGCACGAGACGACGCCCUGCACAUCCUCCACUUCCUGCUCGCCUUCGCACCACAACCAGCGCCGAGCUACAGCGAGAGCGGCGGCAAGAUUCGCUUUGCCAGCUUCUCGCCACUGCUGCAUAGGUAUUUGCCGCCUGCGAUAGACUGCCUUGCGAAGCUCCUUGCACGGCAAGAUCCUAAUCGGACACUGUACAAGAGCAUCUUCACAUCAAACGGCUCCGCGGCUGUUGGAGCUGAGUCCUCGUUGGAUCUACUGACCAGAGCAUUCGCACUCUCCAUCUCAGUGCUACCGGACCGAUCCAAAGGCUCGAUCGGGAACACAGCUCAGCUCCGUAUUGUCGAGGCACGGAAAGCCUAUCUGACUCAAGGCAUGCUCGCUGCGGACAUCUUGACCACUCUGGCGCCUGGGAACGACACCGAUCUGGCUCGAUCUUGGAUAGAAUCUGAAGAUGGUUGGGCUGUUGGUCUUCUGAAUCUUGCUGCUCUUCUCUCCGUCGAUCGCAACCAAGCAGCCGCUCAGAAAGGUCGAGAGCUUGGCAUGGACACCGAGACUUUCAAGCUCAUCACUCACCGUGCUCUUGCCAUGAUGAAGCGACUUGCAGAGAAGGCGGGCAAGGGAAGUGCGCAGAAAGUAUUUGCGAAUGCCAACGGUGCCGUUUCAGCAACCACGAAUGGAAUUACCAACGCCGUGGACCCUAUAGACAAUGAUGACGACUUGGCCGAGCUCAAAUCACAUCCCAAGUGGGAAGGCAUACCACAAGGACAUGCAAUCCUCGGCGCGCUGAUGAUGCCCAACACCGACAAGGUGGCUCUAGGACUACUCUGCGGCCUACAUGAAAUGGCAAUGCAACAUAAUUGAAGAAGCACCCGAAGCGCUGGCGUUGGUGGGAGUCGAAUUCUUUGGACACGCAAGAAAUAGAAUAAGUCAGAGGAGAAGACAGGGCAGGCAGCUGUUGGAGCUACGAAUGACCACUACUACCGGACUGGACUGUUGCAUAUGGGAAGGAAGGACACCACUGUAAGAAGUAAGCAGAAAUCGCCUCGUCUUCUUCGGUCCUCGUCUCCGAGAGAAGUGUAGAGAUGAGAAUGUGUGCGUAUAGUCGAAUGAAGUGAAGCUUUUUUGACAUGAAG